AUCAACGUUUUCUGCACCUCUAACUUGCACUUGAUACCCUUUCGCUACAAGGCGAUCAGCUAUACCACUAACACCAGAGGACUAGCCUCUAUACGUUUCGGCCUGCUUAAGCAGCCACAAUCACACAACACCACACACAGUUAUAAUGGCCGAACGCUGGGAUCGCGAUCGCUUUGAGCGAGUUCGCGGAGAACAAAACAGAGAUCGCUUCGAUGACGAUCGCUCAUAUACACGCAGCACACAAGGCCGCGACCGUUCAGAUGAGCGAUAUGACCGUCGACCUGGCCGCGGUUACUACGAGGAAGAAGACAUAGUCCGUGACCGCCGCUACUACGGCGAUGAGCCUCGCUACCAACCUCAGCGAGAAAGAGAGCGAGACGUGCCACCUCCUUGGGCUCGCCGCACAGAUGUUUUAGAGAGAGAACGAGAGCGAGAUUAUCCUCGUCGCGAAUCUCCACCUCGUCGACCAGGUUUCCUCCGCCGACAAUCAUCUCUUGACACUUUUGACCGCCGACCACGCUUCUUCCAGGACCGUGAGGAAUACCCCCCUCCUGCUCGCCGCGAGGAUGUCCGUCCUCGAGAUGACUACCGUGCUCCUCCUUACACACCUAUUCCUCUCCCCAAGAGCCGAGGACUGCCCCCACCUCGCAAAUACGGCGACGAGUACUAUGACGACAUCAAGAUUGCCGAGCCCGACUACUAUGGCGACGAUGACUACAGAUCCAUGCCUGAGCGUGUUCGUGAGCGAGAAUAUACUCGAUCUCGUAACCGUCGUGGACGCAGCCGAGAAUCUCGUUCUACUCGAACUCGCUCUGUUCGAAGCAGCUCUUAUUCUUCAUCUUCAAGCCGCUCCUCUAGCAGCAGCGGUGGUACGACAGUGAAGAGCGAGUAUCCCAAGAAGGGCAAGACUCGCAUUCCUGCUAAGCUUGUUUCCAAGCGAGCUCUCAUUGAUCUCGGAUACCCAUUCUUUGAAGAGGGCAACACAAUCAUUGUGCAAAAGGCUCUUGGCCAGGAUAACAUUGAUGAGCUGCUCAAAGUCAGCGAGGACUACAAGAAGGUUGAAGCUGAAAUCGCCGCUUCUCGCGAACCAAAGGCUCCUACUGCUGCUUUGCCUGCACCUCCGCCCAAGGAGAAGCUCAAGGAGCCAACCCCGGAACCACCGCCUGCAAAGACUCCUCCACCUCCCGCUCCUCCAGUUCAGGCACCACCCGUUGCUGCACCACCCGUUGCUGCACCUCCAGUUGUGAUUCCAGCUCCCCCACCCGUUCAGCAAAUGCCUCCACCUCAACCAGUUCCAAUGCCGACCCCGGCCCCAGCACCGAUCCAGAUGCAGCCUCCUCCUAUGGUUCAGCCUGGAGGUCCCCCUCCUGGUUUCUACCAGCCAGGACCGCCUCCUCAGCAAAUGCCCUAUGACUACGCCGAGGAGACUGUUAUCCGUGACGUUUCGCCAUCCCGAUUCACCACUACCACCACUUCCUCAAGCUGGGACUCUUACCACCAUCAUCACCACCCCGCCGAGGAGCUGGUAGUCCGAUCUCGUUCUCGAUCCCGCAGCGGUCGCGACAUCCGAAAGGAAAUCAAAGCUUUGGAACGUGAGCUGGCUCACCGACCUCGAGGACGUUCUACCAGCGGCGAGAUCGUUCGCGCCGAGCGCUUGCCAGAUGGACAACUCAUUAUCCAUGAGGAAAGAUUGGAGAAGGUGGUUGAACACCGCAAACCUCCUCGUAUUGAGAAGGACAAGAAAGGACCUCCUCCUAAGCUCAUGCGGGCCAUGCUCGCUACUCUGACUUGAACGACAUGUCACCGACUACCGACUACCGACUACCAAGGCGGAUGAAUUGAACGAAAACGAUACGGCCUUGAUGGCUUUAUGAGGGCAACCGAAUAUUUUCACAGGAUAUAUCGCGAGAUUGGGAUACAUAGGUGUAUAUUCUGGAUAUUUACAGUGUUUCAAGGAUUUAGACAAGUUUGGGAUUGGAGUAUUUAUUGGAAAACCACUACAACAUUAACGAAUUUAUGACAUUUAUUUUAAUUCCAUAUUUCGUUUGGAUGA